UCUGCGCAGGCGCGCGCUGCUCCGCUGGGCACGGCUUGGCACGGGCGUCUUUCCCUCGCUCUGUCUGCCUGGGCUCCCGGGCUCCUUGCAGCCGUAGAAGGGAGGGAGCUCGGCUGCACCAUGUUUCUCCACUCCGUCAACCUCUGGAACCUGGCGUUCUACGUCUUCAUGGUGCUCCUGGCCACCCUGGGGCUGUGGGAUGUCUUCUUCGGCUUCGAGGAGAACAAGUGCAGCAUGAGCUACAUGUUCGAGUACCCCGAGUACCAGAAAAUAGAACUUCCAAAGAAAUUGACAAAACGCUAUCCAGCCUAUGAGCUAUAUCUUUAUGGAGAAGGGUCAUACGCUGAAGAACACAAAAUUCUCCCUUUGACAGGAAUUCCUGUUCUCUUCCUUCCUGGUAAUGCUGGAAGUUACAAGCAAGUUCGUUCUAUUGGCUCGAUCGCACUUAGGAAAGCAGAAGACAUUGACUUCAAGUACCACUUUGACUUCUUCAGCGUGAACUUCAAUGAGGAGCUGGUGGCGUUGUACGGUGGGAGUCUUCAGAAGCAGACCAAGUUUGUUCAUGAAUGCAUUAAAGCAAUUCUCAAACUCUACAAGGGUCAAGAAUUUGCUCCCACAAGUGUGGCAAUAAUUGGUCAUUCUAUGGGUGGCCUCGUUGCCAGAGCAUUGCUUACACUGAAAAACUUUAAACAAGAUCUGAUAAAUCUUCUUGUCACACAAGCCACCCCUCACGUGGCCCCUGUGAUGCCGUUAGAUCGUUUCAUUACCGAGUUUUAUAUGACUGUAAACAACUAUUGGAUUUUAAAUGCUCGGCAUAUAAAUUUGACUACACUUUCUGUAGCUGGAGGAUUCCGGGAUUACCAAGUUCGUUCAGGACUGACUUUUCUACCAAAAUUAAGCCAUCAUACCAGUGCCUUAUCUGUUGUGAGCUCGGCAGUGCCUAAGACCUGGGUCUCAACAGACCAUCUCUCCAUCGUAUGGUGUAAACAACUGCAGUUGACUACAAUUCGAGCCUUCUUUGAUCUUAUUGACGCCGAUACCAAACAAAUAACUCAAAAACCUAAGAAGAAAUUGUCUGUGUUGACUCACCAUUUUAUAAGACACCCAGCUAAACAGUUUGAAGAAAACCCAUCAAUACUUUCCGACCUAACAGGGACAUCUAUGUGGGUUCCAGUAAAAGUGUCCAGAUGGUCCUAUGUGGCUUAUAAUGAAUCUGAUAAGAUUUAUUUUACAUUUCCUCUUGCAAAUCAUAGGAAAACCUUCACUCACAUCUACUGCCAGAGCACGAUGCUGGAUACAAAUAGUUGGAUUUUUGGCUGCAUAAACAGCACAUCUAUGUGCCGGCAAGGGGUUGAUUUAUCAUGGAAAGCUGAACUGCUGCCAACAAUUAAGUCUCUGACGUUACGACUCCAGGACUAUCCGUCCCUGUCGCAUGUUGUUGUCUACGUGCCGUCUGUCCACGGAAGUAAGUUCGUCGUAGAUUGUGAGUUCUUUAAAAAAGAAACAAGAUCCAUACAGCUUCCUGUGACUCAUCUUUUUUCCUUUGGAUUGUCUUCAAGGAAGGUGAUACUAAAUAUGAGUGGCCUGUACUACAAUAUAGAGCUUCUGAACUUUGGGCAGAUAUACCAAGCGUUUAAAGUCAACGUGGUAAGCAAGUGCUCUGGAGGCAAAGAAGAGAUAACUAGUAUCUACAAACUUCACAUCCCCUGGUCUUACGAAGACUCCCUCACCAUUGCACAGGUUCCAUCUUCCACAGAAAUUUCUCUGAAACUUCAUGUUGCUCAGCCGGAAAACGACAGCCACGUGGCAUUGUUAAAAAUGUACACGUCAUCAGACUGUCAGUAUGAGGUGACAAUUAAGACUUCCUUUCCACAAAUACUUGGACAGGUAGUUAGAUUUCAUGGUGGAGCUCUUCCUGCCUACGUUGUAUCUAGCAUCCUUCUUGCUUAUGGAGGACAGUUAUAUUCUCUCUUCUCAACAGGUUAUUGCUUAGAAUAUUCAGCCAUUCUGGAUAAAGAAGCCAAGCCAUACAAAGUCGACCCGUUUGUAAUUAUGGUUAAGUUUUUGUUGGGGUACAAAUGGUUCAAGGAAUUAUGGGAUGCAGUAUUGCUGCCGGAGUUAGACGCCAUCGUGCUGACUAGCCAGAGUAUGUGUUUCCCUCUGGUGUCCUUGAUUCUCUUUCUGUUCGGGACCUGCACUGCCUACUGGAGUGGUCUGCUCUCUUCUACAUCGGUGCAGCUUCUCUCCUCUCUGUGGCUAGCCCUGAAAAGACCUGCUGAGCUUCCUAAGGAUAUCAAGGUGAUGUCACCAGACUUGCCUGUCCUGACGGUUGUCUUUCUCAUAGUGAGCUGGACAACUUGUGGCGCACUUGCCAUACUUCUGUCUUAUCUGUACUAUGUGUGUAAGGUUGUCCAUCUGCAAGCCAGCCUAACGACCUUUAGAAACAGCCAGCCAGUGAAUCCCAAACACUCUAGAAGAAGUGAAAAGAAGUCCAACCACCAUAAAGACCCCUCAGUGCAGGGUCUUCGCCUGUCUGCGAACGAUGCGGAGGACAGUCUGCGCAUGCACGGCACCGUGAUUAACCUGCUCACGUGGGUGGUGCUGCUCAGCAUGCCGUCUCUCAUCUACUGGUUAAAGAACCUUAGGUAUUAUUUUCAACUUAACCCCGACCCGUGUAAACCCCUGGCAUUUCUCCUUAUCCCAGCUAUCACGAUUCUCGGAAAUACUCACACAGUUUCAGUAAAGUCAAGCAAAUUGCUGAAGACCGCCUCGCAGUUCCCGCUUCCUCUGGCUGUCGGCGUGAUUGCGUUUGGCUCCUCCCACUUAUACAGGGUCCCCUGCUUUGUCGUCAUCCCUCUCUUAUUCCACGCGUUAUGCAACUUUAUGUGAGCCUGGACUUCGAGGAUGACAAAAGCGACGUAUGCCUUUAGGACCAGGGAUGCGGUGAACGCAGCUCCACCCACUGGCACAGUGCGGUCCUUCGGAGAAGACGAGUCUAUUUUUACAGUAUUGGACAUAGGAGAUUAGUUUUGUAAUGCUUGAGGAAGGUAGUGGAAGCAUGGUUUCAUUUCGUGAUGUAGCAUCCGUAUACUUGUCAUACCUGAGAAAUUAGUGAAGGGGACUCCCGUCACACCGACCGGCUUUCCUCAGCCAUGCCAGGAAUCUUCUGGAGACUCUGUAGACGGAGCAUUGUUUAUAAUCGUGGGAAACUGCUGCCAGUUCCAUCAGACUUCCUUUUGAGAAGUGGGUUUUGUGUUUGCUGUAAUUUACACAUUCAGAGUAAGUCUUCAAAGGUUGUUAAAAGUCACGACUGUUUCCCAGAAGUAAAAAGAGUCGUGACGCAGUCUUGGGUCAGUUUUUGGCAGCCACGGUGAACACAGUUUGAUCUGUCUUCUUCCAUCUGUGAAAAAGAGCCUCAAAUUAAAGGGAGGCUUUUUGGUUAACUACUGCACUUCAGAUUCAAAACAAAGGUAUUUUCUUGAGUCAAAUAAGACUCUUACUGUGUGUUCUUGGUGAAUAUUAAGAGCAUGAAAGAAAUCUACCGAAAGAUCUAUUAUCAAAAGGCUAUUCCUGUGGAUCUGCAUUGGCACAAUCAGUUUCUACACCAGAUUAAACCAGGGACCCCGUGGUUGCCAAAAGUGCCUCCGGUAAUGAUAGGUUGAUAAAAAUAACUCAAUUCCAGAGGUUGGAACGACUCUAGGCUUGCAUCAUUUUCUUGUCUCUUGGGAAGGAGGGGGUGUCAACACAAAUACCGGAUUACACUGGUGUACCAAACGGUACUGCUGGUAAUGGAGCAGUGGGCAGCCAUUGUGCCUCGGCCGCGACAGUGUGAGCACUGCCUGAGGAGACUGCAGACUUCCAUUGCCCAGUUAACAGUGGAAUCUUGACUUGCAGAGUUCACCCCGAGGACUCCUCUUUGGCCAGCAAGGGUAAUGCUACUCUGUUUCAUCUCCAGUUCUAGUUCAUUCUUAGCUACAGCAAAGUAGAAAGGUCGGGAGCCUGAAGACAACAGUUGCUCUUUGCCUUCGGUUAGAAUAAACUCAAGCUGAGGAGAUCCUGGUUCAUGGAGCCCUUCCCUUAGAUGUGUGUUCUGUAAAUGCCUGAAGCCUCCCCAGUGAAGUCCUUACCUGCCCGUGAAUUCACUGUUGCUUUUGUGAGCUCGUGUACGUCUUAGUGCCGGGAAUGGUCCCUAGGGAACCGGUUUUACUUCAUCUGCCGCUGCAUCUGGAACCACAGCCUUUCAGCUACUACUGCCCAGCCAGAGGGCUCCUCCCACUCCAGCCACCCUCAGAGCCUGCCUCCUGCCCCCUGGGAGUCCUGCCCUCCAUCUUUAGGCUUUAGUCAGAAGGUCUUGCUAUUACCACAGAGGUUAGUUCAUUUGUACGAUUCUGUCGCUGUCUUCUUGACGGGCAUCGUGCUUGUUAAGUAUUCGUAUUUUUCACUUACUGAGACUUUUAGAGGAAAGCCUUUAUACUAGACGUGGCGAACGUUUUAGUCUCUUGCUUCCGAAACGUUUCAAAGGGAAUAAACUACAGCGUAGUGUUUGUUCAGUAUCUGAGAGUGAGUUCAUCGGGCAACACAGUUUCCCCAUGGCAUACCACUUCCAUGAGACAUAGCUGCUUCAAUGUUGCCAGGCACACGCAGCCUCUAUACACAUGCUACCUUCCAUUCUGUGGGCGAUACGACAGGCGUAUCUCAACCGAAUGGUAACUGAAUACUUUGACUUUCUGAGUUUGAACAUACAUCUACAAAGAACUUGACAGAAACUCGGUGUGAGACCUUUUUACAGCCGUGAUUAUUUAUGAGAUCUAAAGUCUCCCUGCUUAGUGAGGACUACUCAUAAGUAAGACGUAGCAAAUUUGAUUUCUUACUCGAGUAGUAUGUUUGUUGUUAAAGCACAUUAAUUCUUACUAAAAUGGUUUUUGUCUGAAAGUGCUUAUUCCCAAGCCCUGAAGUCUUGUUUAUGCCAACAAAAUAUUUUAGAUAAUAGUGGUCUGGGUCUUGGGCCACUUGCCACCCACACUCACAGAUACACACUCACACAUAAACACACGUGGGCACACUUUGACAGAAUCUUCUUCAAGUGUUUAGACAUAAAAAGCUAGGUAGACCACCUGAUCAUGAAAAUUGCUAUCCCUUAAGAAAAGGGAAUUCCUUUAUCUCAACGUCACUUGCUUUUAUCUAUCAUGUUUACAUGCAUAUUAUUACCAUAGUCCCAUUACCAAUGUUACUCGAAUUGGCAGUUGAGUUAGAUCAGUAUGUCACAUUUUUGAGUUCCACUGUUGUGAUUUUUUUUAAGAAACCAAGUUUUUGAGUAAGUGUUGUGCUCAUUAAACAGCUGGAUUCUUGCGAGGAAAUAGAUUGGGUAUACAUUAGACAGUUGAGAACACUGAGUGGCUCGGUAUUUCUGAAAUGCCCUUAUGGAGUUAUUGCUAUUACAGCUUAGACCUGAAAAUUCUUUUAAGAUUCAGUGUGUGUGUGUGUGUGUGUGUGUGUGUGUGUGUGUGUGUGUGUGUGUGUGUGCAGGUGCUCACUGUGACCAGAAGAGGGCAGUGGAUCCCCUAGAGCUGUAGUUAAUUGUGAGUUGCUGGACACAUACUAGGAACCAAACUCAAAUUCUCCAGAACAGCAGCACUCUUAACUCAGCCAUCCCUCCAGGUCCUGGACCUGAUAACUUGAUGGAAAUUGCUAUUGCAGUUCUGUGUGUAUAGACAUGAGCACACCAGGGAUUGAAUCCAGAGCCUGUGUUUCCUAAUUAUGUUCUCUACCUCUGAGUUAUACACAGCUAGUCUGGAUUAAUUCCAUGCCAAAAUUAAAUAAAUUCUACUCUUUUCUUGGUUGCCACCAUAUUGAAAACUUUUAGAACUGAUUCUAAAGAAACUGUUUAUGCUUAACACUGAUUUUUGAGGUUGCCUAAUAUGUAUUAAUCAUGUGUUGAGUAGUCUUCUAAUCCUUUUUAUACUUUAGUUAUGUAAAUUCUACUGUCUAUAAAGGGAUAGUUUUUUUUUGGGGGGGGGUCGUUUAAGACAAGGUUUCUUUGGUAGCCUUGGCUGUCCUAGAACUCGCUCUG